AUGAACUUCCUGUUUUUGCUUGGGGUCGUCGCUUGGUGCGUGUCGUCGGUUGCGUCGGCUGAAGUUGAUUUGGACUUCGUGGGCGAACCGUCUAUCAAUGACAAAGUGGUGCAGCACCAUCUCCGCUCCCGAUCUGAGAUGAUCACGCAGGAGAUGGGACAGCGACAAGACCAUGCCUUCCGUCAGAGUCUUUCGCCGGUGGCGCGACGCGCCGACGCGAUCGUCAGAGCCAUCCGACAAGAGGAGAUUGAUCAAUUCUGGCGCGUGCCCGGCGUCGUCGGCGACGAGGAGCGCGAAAGGUUCGCAGGUGAGAUGUUCCCCAAAGCGCGUCCGCAUAUCGGGAACACCACUCUAUGGUCGAUUGUGAAGCGCAUGCCAAAGGGGGCGCUGCUGCACGCCCAUCUGCAGGCCAUGCUGCCUGCUGACGUGCUGCUGGAUGCGGUACUCCAUACAGAGGGUAUGGUGAUAUCCGCGUCGCAGGACGUCUCGACCCCGCUCAAGCGCGAGAAUGCGACCAUCAUGUUUGCCCAUGUCAACCACACAUUGAACGAGAUACAUAGGUCCAUUCAUGACACAGACUAUGUGCCCAACUCGCAGAUCCCUAUCAACCAGGCGGCCGAUACCUUUCCGGGAGGCCGCCCGGCGUUCUUGGAGUUCGUCAAGACCAAGAUAACUAUCCUGCCCGGAGACUCCGUGCGACAUGAUCUAGGCGUGGAUGAGAUAUGGCGCAAGUUCCAGAAAUGCUUUGGUCCACUCACUGAGAUCCUAACCUAUGAGCCUAUCGUGCGCACAUUCUAUCGCAAGCUUUUUGAGAGAUUGGUCGAUGAUGGUAUCAACUGGGUGGAGAUACGCACCGCACCUGGCGAGAUUGUUCACAACGGCAAUGAAGCGACUGACCCUAAUCCGGAUGCUUGGUGGCACGUCUUGCAUGAGGAGAUCGAGUCUUUCCAAAAGACAUCAAAAGGGAGGGGCUUCUGGGGCGCGAGGGUCAUUUGGACGGACUUGCGGGGCUCCAAUCGAACGCUGAUCGCUGAGAACAUGAAGCUUGCUCUUGGGCAAAAGCAAAAAUUCCCCUAUCUCGUUAGCGGAUACGACCUAGUUGGACAGGAAGACCUCGGGCACUCUCUUUUCGAGCUGGCCCCGGAGCUCGUCUGGUUCAGAAAGCAGACGGAGAUCCUCAACGUCACAAUUCCAUUCUUCUUCCAUGCGGGAGAGACGCUGGGUGAUGGGAACUCUACCGACCUUAAUCUCUUCGACGCGUUGCUCUUCCAAACACGUCGUAUCGGACACGGAUUCUCCCUGUACAAGCACCCCAAGCUGACACACGAGGUAAUCCAAAAGACGGUCCUGGUGGAAGUGUGCCCCAUAUCGAACGAAGUCCUUCGUUUGGCGACGGAUAUCCUGCACCAUCCUCUGCCCGCGAUGGUGGCGCACGGUGUACCCACAGCAAUCAGCAACGAUGAUCCAUCCAUUCUUGGCCAAGAUAUUGCAGGUCUGAGUUAUGAUUUCUAUCAGACUAUUCAAGGAUUUGACAAUACUGGAUUGGCUGGACUGGGCGCUCUCGCACAGAAUAGUAUCCGCUGGGCUAAUUUCCAGGAUCAGCCUCAUUCUGACUGGAUACGUGAUAUUCAGCUUGGAGAGCGCGGACAAGGUAUCAAGGCCCGUCAUUUGCAGAGCUGGAAUGCGCAGUGGGAGAUUUUUUGUCAAUGGAUCGUGGAUACCCAUGGAGCAAAGUAUCCGACGGCUGAAGUCGAUGACCACGCCUGA